AUGGCUGAGGAAAUGGCAAACAUGAAGCCCGCUUGCGGCAGUGGCGAGGAGGUGGGAGAGUACGAUCUGCCAUUGCACGUCGUGGCCCUCUUCUUGGUCAUGGGCUUCUCAUGCCUUGGAGCGGGCUUUCCCGUCGUGGCGAAGAAGGUCAAGUGGAUGAAGAUUCCACCCAAGGUGUUUUUUGCAUGCAAGCAUUUCGGAACAGGUGUCUUGAUCGCAACAGCAUUCGUUCACCUGUUGCCCACGGCGUUCUCCAGCUUGAUGGAUCCAUGCCUUCCAGAUUUCUUCACGGACAUUUACCCGCCAAUCACCGGUGUCAUCAUGAUGGCUGCGUUGUUUGCUCUCUUCGUUAUUGAGAUGACUCUGAACCACAAGAUGGGUGGUCAGGCUCACUCUCACGGUGGAAACUUCGGUACCACUGCGCCGCCGCCGCCGAACAUGACUCCCGAGCGCCCUCCCCGAUACAACCACCAGAGCUACGAGACCGAUGUGUCCUUCGAGAAGAAGGUCCAGCAGCAAGUCUUUGCCGACCAGGAGAGAUUCGAGCGCCUGCAGCCCAACCCCUUCGGUGACGAUGCCUCGGAGCUGGCUGCGCGAUCCGAGAUGCCCCCGUGGUUUGUUGUCUUCUACGAGCAGUAUGUCCGCCAACGCAUGGAGAUGGUCAACAUCCUCAAGGGCCAGCAGCCUCAGGUCUCCGUCCAGCCCGCGUACAACGUCUCCGAGGCCCCCAAGCCCGCUGUCGGCCUCAUCGACUCACCUUACAUUGACGUCGAGACUGGCCUGCCCGUCGAUGAGAUGACGUACAAGAAGAUGUCUAUGAACAUCACCCUGCUCGAGGGUGGUAUCUUGUUCCACUCUGUCUUCGUCGGCAUGACUGUUUCGAUCACCAUUGAAGGCUUCAUCAUCCUCCUGAUUGCCAUCCUGUUCCACCAAAUGUUCGAGGGUCUCGGUCUUGGUACCCGUAUCGCUGCUGUUCCUUAUGCCAAGGGUAGCAUCCGCCCCUGGGUUUUGGUCUUUGCUUUCGGAACCACCGCGCCCAUCGGACAGGCUAUCGGUCUCAUCACUCGCAACAGCUACGAUCCCAACAGCGCUUUCGGUUUGAUCAUUGUUGGUGUCUUCAACGCUAUUUCCUCUGGUCUUUUGCUAUACGCAGCCACUGUCGAUCUUUUGGCUGAGGACUUCCUUUCUGAGGAAGCUCAACACACGCUCACUAAGAAGGACAAGAUCACUGCCUUCUGUUAUGUCCUUUUGGGAGCUACUGGCAUGUCUAUCGUUGGUGCUUUUGCCUAG